CCCGAGUGGGCUCCUCCCCCUAGCCCGUUGGGACUCUCGGUCCUUUAGGCUCGACGCACCGCGGAGUCGGGGGCCAGCGCGCAAGGGGUAGCCCGAGCGCCUCUGUGUCCCCGCACCUCCACUGGUACCCCAGUCCCAGCGUGAGCGACUCUCUGAGCGUCUUCCUGGGGAAGUUUCCCGUUCGCGCGGAGGCUGCAGGAUGGUGUCCUGGAUGAUCUGUCGCCUGGUGGUACUGGUGUUUGGGAUGCUGUACCCAGCGUAUGCUUCCUACAAAGCUGUGAAGACCAAGAACAUUCGUGAAUAUGUCCGGUGGAUGAUGUACUGGAUUAUCUUUGCGCUCUUCAUGGCGGUGGAGACCUUCACAGACAUCUUUGUUUCCUGGUUCCCUUUCUACUAUGAGAUCAAGAUGGCCUUUGUGCUGUGGCUACUCUCACCCUAUACCAGGGGGGCCAGCCUGCUCUACCGCAAAUUUGUCCACCCAUCCUUGUCCCGCCAUGAGAAGGAGAUCGACACCUACAUCAUCCAGGCCAAAGAGCGCAGCUAUGAAACAAUGCUCAGCUUCGGGAAGCGGGGCCUAAACAUUGCUGCUUCGGCCGCUGUUCAGGCUGCCACCAAGAGUCAGGGUGCACUGGCAGGAAGGCUCCGGAGCUUCUCCAUGCAAGACCUGCGCUCUAUCCCUGACACCCCUGCCCCUGCCUACCAGGAUCCCCUCUAUCUGGAGGAUCAGGUGCCCCGCCGCAGGCCACCUAUUGGGUACCGAGCAGGGGGCCUGCAGGACAGUGACACUGACGAUGAGUAUUGGUCAGAUACAGAGGCGAUCCCCCAGCCGUCAGCACGGCCCCGAGAGAAGCCUCUGAACCGCAGCCAGAGCCUGCGUGUGGUCAAGAGGAAGCCGCUCUUGCGGGAGGGCACCUCCCGCUCUCUGAAGAUUCGGACAAGGAAAAAGACUGUGCCCACAGAUGUGGACAGUUAGGGUCUGCGGAGCUUGGCUGGUCUUACCUCGUGCCCUGCAGGGUGCUGGGCUGUUUAGAGGGGACCACUGCUUGUACUGCUCGCACACUCUGGCCUGCCUGCACCAGCUGUCCAGGCUCUGCUCUCCAGGUUCCUGCUGCUGGUUAAGAGCCAAGGGCAGGCGCUGCUGGGGCCACGCACAGGGAUGCGCCCACAGUAUACCAAAGCAGACUGGGCCCAGGGUUCUAUUUAUUGCCUUUCUCAUCCCUCUACCUUCCCAGAUGUGGGGCCAGAGCCUCCCCAUAGUCCCAUCCCAGGCGCCUGCAAAUGAAACCAAAAGCCCACCCAGCUGUGUCAUUCCUUCCUGUCCUUCAAAGUACUUGACGGCCUUCUCUAAGGCCUUGUGUGUGUGUCCUGGUUGUAUGUUUUAUGUUGGUGAAUGAGGUCAGAUUUGUGCAAUUUUGAUAAAUACAUAAAAGUG